AUGGCUGCUUCAGACGAAAAAUCACCUGAGGAAUCUGAGUGUUAUCAUUUUAUGCAAAUAAAAUCGUUGGCUCCAUUGCUCUGCAUAGAAGACCAUGUAAAGGAGAUUGUGCCUUUAAACUUCCUUGAGAUAGUGAAUCACCCAGCAGACUCUCCAUAUUUCAGCUCUGAUGUUUUCAGAGCAAGCAUCAUUUCAACUGUAGUCGAGACUCUCAGAGGGUUUGUGGAGAUAAACGAAGGCUUGAGUUCCUUUCCAGAGAUCUUCACGCCCAUUUCAACUUUAUUACACCAAGUUGGUAAUCAAGAAAAGAUCCCACAAACUCUCAAGGACAAAUUAAAAUAUGUUGCCCAGCUAAUUGAAAAGAAAACCGAUGAGCAUCGGAAGCAACACAAACCACCCAAAUUUGAAGAUGACUAUGUCAAAGGCAGGUAUUACGAUCCAGACAAAUACAGCAAAGACAGUAACUCCAUGAGCGAGGUUAAAGCAAAAGAGAACGCUGUGCAAGGGGCUUUCAAAUCUAGACAACGUGGUAAAGAGAGAGCUGGCAAAGCUCCGGCUUUCAAAUCUGGACAACUUGGUAAAGGCAGAAGAGGCAAAGAGAGAGCAGAGAAACCUGGCAAAGCUCCGGCUUUCAAAUCUGGACAACUUGGUAAAGGCAGAAGAGGCAAGAAGAGAAAACGUUGA